GUAAAGAUCAAUAUUUUUAAUUAUCAUUCAUAUUUUUUGUGAAAAAAAAUUGUGAAAUGAAGCCCAAUAGUGAUGAUUUUAAAAUCAAUAAAAGUGCAGCAAAUGCACUCAAAGCCAAAAGUUGUUUUAAAAAGUUAAAGGAACGAUUUUUAGGCGCAAAAUUUGUAAACAAAUUUAAGCCAAAAUCUGACUUGAAAUUGUUCAACCACAUUUUCAUGGGAAAAUAUGAGGAGAAUUUUUACAAGGAAACAAACACAACUGUCUUGACAAUUGCCGGCGAAAAGUUUAUCGGCAAGAACAAAAGUGAAAUUGCCAAAUUUUUGACGAAUUUUUUGUUUGGCUGUGCAAAGAAAUGUGCUUCUAAGAAGAAAUCCAAGCCCGUUUUUGGAUAUUUUGACGCCACGGUAGCGGAAACUGCUCAAAAUAUGAUUUUCGAGAGUCAUCGUUAUCUUUUCGCGAACAGUCCGGAUUUUUUGGAUUAUCGUGUCGUUGCGGGAAUCGUAAAAAUCGUUGGGCGCUAUAUUGAAGUCGUGUCAUUGGGAACCGGAUCAAAAUUUUCUUAUGAUCCUUUGUACGGGCACAACGGAAAAACUCUCAUCGAUUGUCAUGCGGAGGUAAUUGCGCGUCGUGGUUUCGUUCGUUACCUUUUUCAUCAAGUAGAAAAAUUCGCUGUUGGCGAUGGGGACUCAAUUUUUGUGAAAAAUCGCAAAACGGGACUUUUAAAACUGAAAAAUGGGAUAACUUUCCAUUUGUACGUCAGUACUGCGCCAUGCGGUGACGGUCGCGUAUUUUCCCAUGUCGACACUGAAUACGGAUCUCCAGCUGGCAUUCCCGAAGGAUGGUUACGGACCAAAGGAGAUCACGCCUUGACUGUGCGAAAAGACAUGAACAUGAACCGCCAAACCGUGAAUGGCGCGUUUUCGAUGUCUUGUUCGGCGAAAAUCAUGCGAUGGAACGUUUUGGGAGUGCAAGGCGCCCUUUUGACGAACUUCAUUGAACCCGUUUACUUGAGCACGAUAAUUUUGGGCAACAAAUUCGAUGAGGAUCAUUUGGAACGCGCCUUGUGGGGACGAAUUGAGAAUCGCAUGCAUCAACUUCCCGCCGGAUUUCGCGUCAACAAACCAAAAUUGAUUGCCGUGGAGAAGGUAGUUCAGGAAAAAGUUCAGAAAACAACGGGAAAAAUAUUUUAUAGUUGUAAUUGGUUUUGUCCAACGACUUUUGUGGAAGCAGUAGAUGCCAGAGUUGGGCAAGUGUUGUGCCAAAAUAUGCCGAAUUUGCCGUCUCGAUUGUCGAAAAGGGCAUUUUUUGAUGAUUAUUUGAGAGUUGGUGCCUUGGUUUAUAAGAAAAAGCUGGAAACGGAUUGGGUUCGCGCCAAACUGGGAUCUGAAGGAUAUUAUCACGCUAAAACACGUUUCGUUGAAGCAAUUUACAACAGCAACAUCGGCAACUGGGUAGAUAAAAGUUACCUUUUCAACAUUAACAAGAACUACAUCUCAUAAUCUGUUCGACAUGA